AUGACCGAUAUUGCAUCUGUAUCACAAUUAUUGGCACAGUCGUUGUCACCGUCUACCGCAAAACUUGCGGAGAAAAGUUUAAGAAGCGUUGAAGAUCAACAGGGGUUUCCGUCCACACUUUUACACGUAGUGGCGGCCAAUGAUCUAAGUUCUUCUGUGAGGUUGGCAGGUUCAUUGUACUUCAAAAACUUGAUUAAGAGGAAAUGGAUCGAUGAGACAGGUGUGUAUCGGCUUCAUCCAGAGGACGUGAAGAUGAUUAAAGCAGAGAUCAUCUCACUUAUGAUUCAGUUGCCUGAUUCUCUUCAAAUCCAAAUUGGCGAGGCAGUCUCCCUCAUUGCAGAAUCGGAAUUUCCUGAAUUGUGGCCGGACCUCAUAGAGGAACUUGUGAAAAAAUUGUCUCCGGACGACAUGCACACUAAUAAGGGGGUUUUGAAAGUUGCUCAUUCAAUUUUCAAAAGAUGGAGACCUCUCUUUGGCUCCAAUGAGCUCUAUAUUGAAAUCAAUCUUGUGCUCUCACAUUUUGCCCAACCAUUUUUGGAGCUCCUAAAGAUGGUCGAUCAACUUAUCGAUCAAAAUAUCUCAAACAAAGAGAAUCUUAAACUUUUGCUUGAUAACAUGUUGUUGUUGGUUAAAAUUUAUUACGAUCUGAAUUGUCAGGAUAUUCCAGAGUUCUUCGAAGAUCAUCUACAGGAAGGUAUGGCAGUUAUACACAAAUACUUGAAAUAUUCAAACCCAUUACUUGAAGACCCCAAUGAAGCAGAACAGAUAGAUAUUGUUACUCAAGUGAAAACAAGCUGUUGCGAGCUAAUCCAAUUAUACACUACAAGAUACCAAGAGGAGCUGGGCAGUAUAAUCACAGAAUUUAUUAGGACAAUUUGGGAUUUGCUUAGUUCCAUUGGAACACAGCCAAAAUAUGACAUUCUGGCCUCAAAAGCCUUACAGUUUCUCACCAUUAUUGCUUCCCUGGAGCAAUACAAUAGCACGUUGAAGUCAGAAAAAGCAUUGGAGGAAAUUACUGAAAAGAUUAUUUUACCAAACGUGAUGAUAAGAGAGUCUGAUGAGGAGCUGUUUGAAGACGAUCCUAUCGAGUAUACAAGAAGAGACCUCGAAGGCUCCGACUCCGACACAAGAAGAAGAGCCUCCACAGAUUUUUUGAGAGCUUUAAAAGAAAAUAAGGAGCAGGACGUCACUCAAGUGGUUAUGAACUACGUUAACCACUAUUUGGCAAGCUUCCAGUCCAAUCCGACAAAUUGGAAGUCCAAAGAUUUGGCGAUAUGUUUGUUUAGCUCCAUUGCUGCAAAAGGAUCGAUUACGAAUGCAGGUAUAACUUCUACCAAUUUGCUGGUGGACGUGGUCGAGUUUUUUUCACAAUAUGUGGCGCAAGAUCUGGUGAAUGAAACCUCUCAUCCAAUUCUGAAAGUUGAUGCAAUUAAGUACAUUUUCACUUUCAGGAAUCAGCUUACAAAACAACAAUUGAUAGAAGCAUUUCCACUUCUAUCUUCACAUUUUCAAGACGACAAUUAUGUGGUGUAUACCUACGCUGCGAUCACCAUUGAAAAGAUCCUAUCUUUAAGAAACCCUUCAAGCCACCAACAGUUGCUUUUUAGCAAAACUGACAUACCAGUGCCUGUAUUCAAUAAUCUUCUUACAAAUCUGUUUAGGCUCAUGUUUGGGAAAGGAGAGUCACCAGAAAAGCUAGCAGAGAAUGAGUUUUUGAUGAAAUGCGUUAUGAGGAUUCUUCUCACUGCGGAAGACUCACUGAGCGAGAAGGCCCCACAGCUUUUACAACAGCUCAUGAAGAUUGUUGACAUUAUUGGGAGAAACCCUUCAAAUCCGAAAUUUUCACACUACACAUUUGAAUCAAUCUGUGUACUAAUUCGUUACAACAACAAUCAAAUCAUAGAGAUUUUCGAUCUGCUCAAGCCUUGCAUGCUCUCCAUAUUAGCUCAAGACAUCCACGAGUUUAUUCCUUACGCAUUUCAGAUUCUUUCAUACUGUUUAGAAGUUUAUCCAAAAUCUUCCGAGAUGCCACCUGAAUACGAGCAACUGAUUAAGCCUCUCUGUUCUCCAGCGGUUUGGGAACUAAGGGCAAAUAUCCCAGCGAUUGAAAGGCUCUUGGCAGCUAUCAUCAAAUUCAAACCUUCACUAUUUAUAUCCGCCACAAGCUUAACUCCAAUCUUAGGAGUCUUCCAAAAGCUCGUGUCUUCGAAAUUGAACGACCAUUUGGGUUUUGACUUCUUAGAAACAAUUUUACUAAGCAUUGAUAUGUCUUGCCUGGAGCCCUUUUUGAAAGAGGUGGCGAUGAUAUUGCUUUCACGUUUACAGACGGUUCGAACAGAUAAAUUUGUCAAAAGAUUCAUUGUGUUCUUAAGUUCCAUUGCUGCUUUGCCAACAUCAAGCGAUCCUUGCUUGAAAAGAAAUGGGCUUGAUUCUUCUUUUGUCAUUAAAUUUAUAGAGAGUGUUCAGCCUGGAGUGUUUCAACAGAUUCUUAUGGGUGUCAUCGUCCCUACAAUUGAAUCAUUUAAUAAUUUGCUUGACAAAAAAAUCUUGAUAGUGGGCCUCAGCAGCCUGAUCACCGAAAACGCCCAAGUUAUAGGUCAAGACGCCUUUAAGCUUGUGCUGUCUAAGCUGCUAAAGAUAACCGCAUCUGAUAGCAUCAGAAAUUACAAAGACUUCAAUGAAAAUCUUGAGCUUUUGCUUGAGCUGGAAAAUGAUGAACUUUCGUUUGGAUCCAGUUUCAAUAAACUGAAUACUAUUCAGCAAAAGCCUUUUGACCCAAUUAAGGAAAUAAGCUCAAAGGAGAUGAUUUUGGCGUAUCUUCAAUCAAAACUUGCAUCCUUUCCAAACAUUCAAAAUGUUCUUCUGAAUCUUGAUCAGCCAGAACAGGAACUUGCAAGAAGCCUGAGAAUUGUAUGA